AUAAGGGCCUUUUCAGCUUUGGGCUCCCAAUCCCGGCUGUCGGCUCUUGCCCUUUAGACUACAGUUCCCAGGAUGCCGGGGGCGCUGCGCCCCAGAGCGGACUUCCUCAGCCCUUCCCACCUCUGAUCGCAAGUACCCCCCCACCCAAAAUGGCGAGCGAGGCUGCGGGGACACGCUGAGGAGUGGAGGCGAGCGUGCAAAGCCGCUGUGGCCCUCAGAGUCCGGACCCGGCCGGGCCCUGCCGCAGGGAACAUGCACUUUUCCAUUCCUGAAACCGAGUCCCGCAGCGGGGACAGCGGCGGCUCCGCCUACGUGGCCUAUAACAUUCACGUGAAUGGAGUCCUGCACUGUCGGCUUCGGAAGGAAUAUGGGGCCAAUGUGCUUCCUGCAUUUCCCCCAAAGAAGCUUUUCUCUCUGACACCCGCUGAGGUAGAACAGAGGAGAGAGCAGUUAGAGAAGUACAUGCAAGCUGUUCGGCAAGACCCAUUGCUUGGGAGCAGUGAGACCUUCAAUAGUUUCCUGCGUCGGGCACAACAGGAGACACAGCAGGUCCCAACAGAAGAGGUCUCCUUGGAAGUGCUGCUUAGCAACGGGCAGAAAGUUCUGGUCAAUGUGCUAACUUCAGAUCAGACUGAGGAUGUCCUGGAGGCUGUGGCUGCAAAGCUGGAUCUUCCAGAUGACUUGAUCGGAUACUUUAGUCUUUUUCUAGUUCGAGAAAAAGAGGAUGGAGCCUUUUCGUUUGUACGGAAGUUGCAAGAGUUUGAGCUGCCUUAUGUGUCUGUUGCCAGUCUUCGGAGUCAAGAGUAUAAGAUUAUGCUAAGGAAGAGUUAUUGGGACUCUGCCUAUGAUGACGAUGUCAUGGAGAACCGGGUUGGCCUGAACCUGCUUUAUGCUCAGACAGUAUCAGACAUUGAGCGUGGGUGGAUCCUAGUCACCAAGGAGCAGCACCGGCAGCUCAAAUCACUGCAAGAGAAGGUCUCCAAGAAGGAGUUCCUGCGGCUGGCCCAGACGCUGCGGCACUAUGGCUACUUGCGCUUCGAUGCCUGUGUGGCUGACUUCCCAGAGAAGGACUGUCCAGUGGUGGUGAGCGCAGGCAACAGUGAGCUCAGCCUCCAGCUCCGCCUGCCUGGCCAGCAACUCCGUGAAGGCUCCUUUCGGGUCACCCGCAUGCGGUGCUGGCGGGUCACCUCCUCUGUGCCACUGCCCAGUGGAGGCACAAGCAGCCCAGGUCGGGGCCGGGGUGAGGUGCGCCUGGAACUGGCUUUUGAAUACCUCAUGAGCAAGGACCGGCUACAGUGGGUCACCAUCACCAGCCCCCAGGCUAUCAUGAUGAGCAUCUGCUUACAGUCCAUGGUGGAUGAACUGAUGGUGAAGAAAUCCGGCGGCAGUAUCAGGAAGAUGCUACGCCGGCGGGUGGGGGGCACCCUGAGACGCUCAGACAGCCAGCAAGCAGUGAAGUCCCCACCGCUGCUUGAGUCACCUGAUACCAGCCGGGAGUCCAUGGUCAAACUCUCAAGCAAGCUGAGUGCCGUGAGCUUGCGGGGGAUUGGCACUCCCAGUACAGAUGCCAGUGCCAGUGAUGUCCACGGCAAUUUCGCCUUUGAGGGCAUUGGAGAUGAGGAUCUGUGAUCUCCAGAGCUCGGAUGUCUGCCCUGUACCCUGGAGGAGUGUUCAGAAACUUGCCCUGUGCCUGUAUCCCCCAAACUGGGGUAUUUUUCUUCGUAUUGUCCCCUUUUCUCCUCGGCCAGGGGCCUCCUAACCUGCCUUCCCUUCCCCUCCCCAGGGCUGGCUAUACAAAGGAUCGCUCAGAGCUGGCCUUCAAUGCCAAAUUAGCAUUUAGUAUUUUGCACAAAGUCCACGGGACCAUGGCUACCUGCCUGGGGAGGAACCACAACUCCCCCCAGGCUGCUUCUGGCUUCUCGGGGCCAUGAGCCAAGGGGAUGGGCAGAGGUCUGUGUAUGGUCUGGCCCAGCUCCCCGUCAUUAAACUCAGCCUGAUUGCUGCCUACCUCUGGUUCCCUCUCACUGCCCCUGCUCCCCCCAUCACAGCAUGGACUGCUGUGCUACGGGUGAGGCCAAGCCGUGCUUGCCACUGCCAACUCAGCAUAGACGUGGCUUUGUUAGUGUUUCCUUUAUUAUAAAGCACUGAAAUAACUUAAAUAAACAGGUGCGAGGCUGGACAGUCCCCCAGCCAGUUCAUCCACCGCCCCUGGGAGCAGUGGAGGUGGAUACAGGGCCCUUCUCACUGAGCUUAUGAAGUCGCAUCAGUCAAGGCAAGGCCCCCCUGGUCCAUAUGGGCCCCCCGCCCAUGGGGUUUGGACUGGUCCGUAUAGUGCCUAGGUUAGUCGGUGUGGAGCCCCUGGCCAGCGGGGGAGGAAGGUAAAGGUGGCUUCUGGUCCAUCUGUAUAAAACAU